ACUAUUUUACAGUAAAGACAAUGGACUUUGUGUGUUCCUAAUGAUAUUUUAGAACACGUUAUACCUAAAGCUAUAAUUAAACUCCCAACGCAGCAACUUGAAAGUCGAAAAAGAAACAACAACUUGUACAACAGCAAAAGUUGCAAACUGCAAACAGCAAACUGCAACCAAGUGGAAGUUACAAUAGCUUACAACAUUAAUACUUGUCACGAUCUUGACAUAAAGAUUACAUUUUACAUUUACGUACGCUGCAGGUACAAAAAAUUUCUUAACCUUGAAGUUGCAACAUGAGGCAUUAUUGGUUAGUGCUGCUGCUGUUGGGUCUGGCCCUAUCAACCGAUCUCCGUGAAACUGAGGCGGCUGAGAUACUUGGCCUGUUCGGCCAUCCCGGCAAGAGUCACUUCGAUUUCUUUCGGCCAAUUUUUGUGGCACUGGCCGAACGAGGACACAAUAUAAGCAUGUACAGUUAUUUUCCGCUUAAGCAGCCCGUGGCAAAUUACACUGACUACGUCUUCGAGGGUAUGCCACUGUUGACUGACAUUGUGGACUUACGGAAUUUUGAACGAGAAUCACUGCUGCUGGGACAACCGUUUAAGGUGCCUACAUUUUUCAUGCUGCACGAUUGGGGUUUGCGCAGCUGCAAGGUCGCCUUGAACUCCCCGCAUGUCGCCCAACUGUUGAGCUCCCCGCGGCGAUAUGAUGUCAUCAUUCUGGAGCACUUCUCCAACGAUUGCUUGGCAGCUGUGGCACAUCUACUAGAUGCACCCGUCAUAGCGUUAAGUAGUUGUGCCAUUAUGCCGUGGCAUUAUAAACGCAUGGGAACACCAUUUAUUAACCCAAUUACGCCCAUGAACUUUCUGCCCUACACGGAUGAGAUGAGCUUUGUGGCACGGAUGAAUAAUUUUCUGCACUUUCACACUGUCAAUCUGCUCUACAGCUUUAUUACCCAACCUGCCACUGAUGAGCUGAUUGCGGAACGCUUUGGCUAUGGUCUGCCACCGAUUAAUGAUAUUGUCAAGAACACUAGCUUAAUGCUUAUAAAUCAGCAUCAUUCGCUGACGGGUUCACGACCAUAUGCAGCCAAUGUGGUUGAGGUCGGCGGACUGCAAGUGGGACCAAGUAAACCACUGCCUCAGCACCUGGAAAAAAUCUUCGAUUCCUCUAACUUGGGCAUCAUCUAUAUCAGUUGGGGCUCCAUGGUGGAUUCGAGAACUCUACCCAAAGUCAAACUGCAGGCACUCUUCGACACCAUCGCCCAGCUGCCUGGCUACACAUUCGUGAUGCGCUGCACAAAUCAAACGCUGUCCGAGGAAAAUAAGCCCAAUAAUCUGUAUACGUUUGAUUGGUUGCCACAACGGGAUCUGCUGUGCCAUCCCCGAGUGAAGGCCUUCAUCUCGCAUGGCGGUCUACUGGGCACCACCGAGUCUGUAUAUUGUGGGGUGCCCAUGCUGGUGACACCCUUCUAUGGCGAUCAGUUUCUCAAUGCCGGCGCCAUUGUCCAGCGACGCUUCGGAGUCAUUGUGAACUUUGGCGAUUUCGAUGAGCCCCAUCUGAUGCAGGCACUGCGUCACAUACUAAAUGAGAGUUUUGCGACUGAGAUGAAACACGCGACAAUUGCCUUCCGAGAGCGUCCACAAGAGCCACUGGAUUUGGCUAUCUGGUGGAUCGAACACGUGAUCGCAACAAGGGGCGCCACUCUGUCGCAGAGUGUGGCAAGGCAUAUCAAUUGGUUUAUCUACAACUCGAUUGAUGUAUACGUUUGCUGUGUGCUUAUCGCAUUGCUCGGUCUGAGCAGUGUCUGGCAAUUGUGUAAACUAAUCAAGUGGGUCUCGGGCAAGUGUUAUAAACCCACAACGCAAUCCAAACCAAAACAGCAAUAAACACAAAGAAUCGUUUACAAA